UAAUACAAUACCCCCAUGCAUUUUCAUUCGGGUCUGAACUGAACACAUUCCUUCCUCUCUUUCUCAUUCUUGUUUGAUGGCUACGGCGGUUCCCGCGCAAACCAUCGACGCCGAUGAACAAAUCCCAUGGCUCAAAGUUCUCCGCCAAACCGACUUAGCUAUAGAGAACAACACCGAUCCCAACCUAUGGUCGACGGAAAUCACCUCCACACUUCUCUCCUCCGCCGUCACUUUCCCUUCCGUCGAACUCGCUCACCGUUUAGUCUCUCAUUUAUUUUGGAACAAUCAUUCUCCCACCGCUUGGAAGCUUCUACAUUCUGCAGCUUCAUUCAACAUUAUUCCUCCUUUACUUCUCAUAUCUCUUCUCUCCACUAGGAUUGUUCCGAGCAGAGAACUUCAUCCUAUAGCAUACAGAUUGUAUAUGGAACUUCUCAAGCAAAAUGUCUUUAUGCUUCAAUCUCAUAUAUAUUCUCCGAACUAUCAAAAGAUUAUGGAAUCAAUUGAUGAUGUUCUUCAGCUUUCUCAAGUAUACAGCCGAAAGGUGUGUGAACCGGGAGUUGUUCUUGUUGAAUUUGUCUUUUCAAUUUUAUGGCAGUUACUUGAAGCAUCUUUGGAUGAUGAAGGGUUAUUAGACCAUGGUCCAGAGAAUAAGCCAAGAUGGAUAAGCAGGUCAAAUGCUAUGAGUAUUGAUGAGCCUGACUGCAUCAAUGGAAUGAAAACUGAGCAGAAGGAGGGGUUGCAGAGGGAAAACACAGCUAUGGCUAUUGAGAUCAUUGUUGAAUUUUUGCAAAAUAAAAUGACAUUGAGGCUUCUUUCCUUAGUUCAUCGAAACAUGCCAUCACACUGGGGAUCUUUCAAUCACCAAAUGCAGCUGCUUGCAUCAAACUCUUCCAUUUUGAAGAAUUUGAAACAUAUUAAUGCAGACACCCUUUUAUCUUUGAUGGAAAAUAUCCAUGGGUUUGGGUCUAAUGAAUGCAAUACAACAUCUAAGCUGGAGUCUAAUGUAGUCAUAUCUGCUGGUUCUCAGAUAUAUUUUGCUGGUCAAUAUUAUGGCAGUAGUUGGUCUUCACUUUGGCUUCCUAUUGAUCUUAUACUCGAAGAUGCUUUGGACGGAGGGCAAGUAGCAGCUUUUAGUGCUAUUGAAAUUAUUACUGGUUUGGUAAAGAUUUUACAUGCAGUUAAUGGCACUAUGUGGCACAAAACAUUUUUGGGUUUAUGGAUUGCAGCACUGCGGUUGGUUCAGAGGGAAAGGGAUCCAAAUGAACGUCCUAUACCUCGGCUUGAUACUUGUAUGUGUAUGUUAUUGAGCAUUACAACCCAUGUGGUCACAAAUAUUAUUGAAGAAGAAGAAAGUGAACUGAUUGAAGAAGCUGAUAGUAGCCCUACAAAUCGAGGAAAAAAUAAACAGGCUCUGGGGAAGCGUCGUGGAGAAUUGAUUACCAGCUUACAGUUCUUGGGUGAUUAUGAGAAUUUGCUUACUCCGCCUCAAGCUGUUCUCACGGAAGCCAAUCAAGCUGCUGCCAAGGCUAAUAUGUUUGUAUCAGGAAACCCUGUGGGUAGUGGGUCCUCAGAAUCAUUGAGCAUGGAUGACUUGCCUAUGAAUUGUUCUGGCAACUUGUGGCAUCUAAUUGUUGAGGCUUGUAUUGCAAGAAAUCUACUUGACACGUCAGCUUAUUUUUGGCCUGGCUAUGUGAAUGCCUGCAGCAAUCAAACUCCCUGUAGCGUUUCUAAACACAUGGAUGGCUGGUCUUCAUUGAUGAAGGGAUCACAGCUAACUCCUGGAUUAGUUGAUGUCUUAGCUGCAACUCCUGCGUCCAGCUUAGCGGAGAUCGAAAAGAUAUAUGAAAUUGCAAUCAAUGGUUCAGAUGAAGAGAAGAUAUCUGCUGCUACCAUUCUGUGUGGGGCAUCUCUUGUACGUGGAUGGAAUGUACAGGAGCACACUCUUCUUUUUAUCACAAAUUUGCUCUCACCUAUUUGUCCUCCCAAUCACACUGAGACUGAAAACCAUUUAAUCAGCCAAGCUCCAUUUCUAAACGUCCUUCUUGUUGGAAUUUCAUCUGUAGACUGUGUUCAUAUUUUCUCCCUACAUGGUUUGGUUCCAUUACUUGCAGCAGGGCUAAUGCUAAUAUGUGAGGUUUUUGGGUCAUGUGUUCCUGAUGUCUCAUGGACUGUCAAAACCGAAGAAAAAGUCUCUCAUUGUGAGGUGUUUUCUAAUGCAUUUACUCUUUUACUGAGAUUCUGGCGGUUUGACUUUCUACCCGCUGAACAAGUAAGGAGUAAUGCAGCAACUCCGCCAUUGGGAUCGCUAUUUAGUCCCGAAUUCCUCUUAUUGGUUAGAAACUAUAGAGUAGCAUCGUUUGGAAGGUCAGCAAAGGACAGUCUAAAACUCAAAAGACUGUCAAAAUUGUUACAUUUUUCUAAGGAACCUGUAUUUAUGGAUUCCUUUCCAAAACUAAACUUUUGGUAUCAGCAACAUCAAGAAUGCAUUGCUUCAAUUCGCUCAGGUCUUGUGCCUGGAGGGCCUGUUCAUCAGAUUGUUGAUGCUUUACUAAGCAUGAUGUUUAGGAAGGUAAAUGAUGGUUCUGAACCUUCGACACCUUCGACCUUAGGAAGCAGCAGUUCAUGUGGAUCUGGGUCUGCAUUGGAUGAUGCUUUAAUGAAACUAAAAGUGUCUGCAUGGGAUAUCUUGAAAGCCAUUCCCUUUGUGUUGGAUGCUUCUCUGAAUGCUUGUGCUUAUGGAAGAGUCUCUACCCGUGAAUUGGCUACAGGCCUCAAAGAUCUAGCUGAUUUUUUGCCAGCAUCUUUGGUUACCAUUGCAAGCUACUUUAAAGCUGAAGUUACACGGGGCAUAUGGAAGCCAGCUUUCAUGAAUGGAACUGAUUGGCCUAGCCCUGCUGCAAAUUUAUCCCUUGUUGAGCAACAGAUAAAGGAAAUUCUAGCAGCCACAGGUGUUGAUGUACCAAGCCUUGCUGUUGACGGAGACUCUCAAGCUACACUUCCUUUGCCUUUGGCAGCUUUCGUAAGCCUAUCAAUAACAUACAAACUUGAGAAAGGCACAGGGAGAUUCCUGGUCCUCAUUGCCCCAGCUCUUAAUGCCCUUGCUUCUGGUUGCCCCUGGCCUUGCAUGCCCAUUCUGACCUCUUUAUGGAUCCAAAAGGUGAAGCGUUGGAGUGAGUACUUUGUGUUCAAGGCUUCUGGAACUGUCUUCCACCACAACAGAGAUGCUGUAGUUCAACUACUAAAAAGUUGCUUCACAUCCACUCUUGGACUUGGCUCUACUGGUAUUAAUAAUAGUGGUGGUAUUGGUGCCCUUCUAGGUCAUGGCCUUGUUUCCCAAGCAGCCGGUGGAAUCUCUCCAGUUGCUCCGGGGAUUCUUUACUUAAGAGUGUACCGUUCUAUUGGAGAUAUCAUGUUUUUGAAUAAAGAAAUCAUGUCAAUUCUAAUGCUUUCAGUUAGAGACAUAGCAAAUAGUGAGUUACCGAAAGACAAUGUAAAGAAACAACUCAAGAAUGGAAUGAAAUUUGGACAGGUUUCUCUUCCCAGAUACAUGGCACGAGUCAAGCAUGCUGCACUACUAGGGGCUUCAUUGGUUUGGAUAUCAGGUGGAUCAAAGUUGGUUCAAUCUUUGAUAGGAGACACUGUUCCUUCCUGGUUUUUAUCAGCUGAUAUGUUAGAGCAGGAUGGUGGCGAAUCUGGAGUGCUGGUUGCUAUGCUUAGAGGCUACGCACUGGCGUUUUUUGUUAUGCUUAGUGCAGCAUUUGCAUGGGGUAUUGACCAUUACUCAGUUCCACCAAAACGACGAGCAAGGGUUAUUGGCUUGCAUUUGGAAUUCCUUGCAAGCACCCUGGAGGGGAAUACAUCGCUUUGUUGCCAUUGUGCUACUUGGCGAACAUAUGUUUCAGGUUUUGUGGGCUUGAUGGUGGGUUGCACUCCAAUGUGGGUCCGUGAAGCUGAUGUGGAAUUGUUGAAGAGACUAAGCAAGGGAUUAAGACAAUUGGAUGAACAUGAGUUGGCUCUUCGCCUUUUGGAAAUUGGAGGAAUAGGCGUCAUGGGUGCGGCAGCUGAAAUGAUAAUAGAAAUUGAACGUAGGUUGUAAUUCUAUCUGAACUGGCAAAUACUAUACUGAUCCAUGAUUUAUAGGCUUUAACUCUAAAGGAUGUUAGUAAUCUUUCUAUAUUUUUAGAAAAACCAGCCGUGUAUAUACCUUGCAAUGAAUUCUAGUUUAUCGCGAUGUUAGUCGCUUAUUAAUCAAUUACAGCUGACAAUAGUAAAUUUUUGUUUUCAAAUUA